UCGGGCACUGUUGCAUGGCACUCUCCGCUCAUGCACUGAAUAACCUACCCUCUCUCUCUCUGGGCAACGGGUCACCUAUUCGGUUGACUUCGGUGGGCAGGAAAUUGUCAUUUGCAACACGACCAUAUGACGCGAGUUUGGUUUCAAUUUUCCAAGCGGUUGGUUUGAUAUAAAAACCCACCACGAUUUGUUCGUCUCUCUCUAUCACCACGCCUAGACUGCCGGAGCGAUCGCAGCUUACCCAGAAAAUGAAGAUGCGUGAAGUUUUCACGGUUGUGUUCGUGGGGUUAGUAAUCCUUCUUUGUCCGUCGAUAUCUAGAGCCGACCAUGCUUCGACGGGGGCGUCUGAAGCAACUCAUGUAGUGGUGGACCAGUCGGGGAAUGGAGAUUUUAGGAGGAUACAGGAUGCAAUCGAUGCCGUUCCUUCCAAAAAUGAUCGACAGGUCUUCAUAUCGAUCAAGCCCGGGACAUACAGAGAGAAGAUAGUCGUGCCAGUGAACAAGCGCUUCAUUACAUUAAGUGGCACGAAAGCUUCGAAUACCAUUAUCACAUGGAGCGACAGCGGAGAUAUAUUCUACUCCCCCACGGUUUCGAUCUUGGCUUCUAAUUUCGUUGGAACAGAUCUCACCAUUCAGAACACAUUCGGGGAGGGUGAAAGAGCAGUUGCGCUGAGAGUGGCCGGAGACCAGGCGGCGUUCUACAGGUGCAAGAUCCUGUCUUACCAGGACACUCUCCUGGAUGACGCCGGGCGACACUACUACAAGAACUGCUACAUUGAGGGCGGGACGGACUUCAUCUGCGGAGACGCGGCUUCACUAUUUGAAAAAUGCCACGUGCACUCAAUUUCAAAGGAGAAUGGGCCGAUCACGGCACAGCACAGGCAAUCAGGGACGGAUAACACAGGCUACGUGUUCCUGGAUUGCAAGAUCACAGCAGCGAACGGUGCAUUUCUGGGAAGGCCGUGGGGUGAAUAUUCAAGGGUUGUGUUUGCCCUCUCUUACUUGUCCGCUACCAUAUUGCCCCAAGGCUGGGAGGAUUGGGACGACCAGAAAUCGCACAGCACUGUGUACUAUGGAGAAUACAAGUGUUCUGGUCCGGGAGCUAAUAGGUCGGAGAGAGUUGAUUGGUCAAGAAGCUUAACAGACAGCGAAGCAGCUCCUUAUUUGACGAAGGCCUUGAUUGGAGGACAAGACUGGCUGGCAAGAAAACCUACUCCCCUCAGGAGACGCUCCCCCUAAUUGAACCUCAUUCAUUUAUGGCGUUCUCUUUAUUGGUCAAAUUACAAGUGCUGGAUUUCAAUGUCUUAAUGCCCUCUAACUAGUAUACUCAUACUACAUAGGUCUCCGAUUUGGAUCUUAGAAUUCUUGAAGAUGUAUCAUAUACGAAAAUAGAUGUGUCACUAUUUUGAUCAGAUGAUGGCUAUGUAACUUUGCUCUCUGAUCAUGCCCAAUCGAAAUCAAUAGAAUUGACGUGGAUGAUUGAAGAACCAUAUAUUUUAUAGGACGAUGUUGGCUCUUAAUC